UUGGGCCAGAUUAUGCUCUAUGUCGAUGGCAUGAAUGGAGUAAUAAAUCAUAAUGAAACCAUCCAAUGGCUGUACACACUUAUUGGGUCAAAGUUCCGCCUGGUGGUAAAGACGGCGCUGAAGCUGCUGCUGGUGUUUGUGGAGUAUACCGAAUCCAACGCACCGCUUUUAAUCCAGGCAGUAUCUACUGUUGAUGAAAAGAGAGGAGCCAAGCCGUGGUCCAACAUCAUGGAGAUCCUGGAGGAGAAGGACGGGGUUGAUACAGAACUACUGGUUUAUGCAAUGACCUUGGUUAACAAGACGCUGUCAGGGUUGCCAGAUCAAGACUCUUUCUACGACGUGGUGGACUGUCUGGAAGAGCUAGGCAUUGAAGCUAUUUCACAGAGACACUUGAACAAGAAAGGAACAGACUUGGACUUAGUCGAGCAAUUUAACAUUUAUGAGAUGACACUAAGACAUGAGGAUGGAGAUGAGAGUGCUGACCCCCCUCCCAGUGGGCGCAAGGACCGGAGAAGGGCCAGUCUUGGUGGUAGUGAGCGGAGGGGGUUAGAGCGCCGACGAAGCCGCAGGCACUCGGUACAGAACGUCAAAAGCACUUUAUCGGCCCCGGCGAGUCCAUGCGCUCAGUCCAGCCCUAACUUCAUGCUAGGCCACGGACAGCGCGUUGAAGACCUCAGCGAGAGGUAAGUGCACGAGCUGGGAUAUACUCCUUUCUUUUCCCCAUUACUUUCCAUUAUGUUCACUGCACUUCAUUAAUCUACCAAACUUUUGUUUUCUUUUUUCCCCUCUUUUCAUUG